AUGCUUACUACAAUGUCAAGACCCAAAGUGUUAGUUGCAAUGAAACUCGUUCCAGGGAUCGCAAUUGAUUUACUUCGUAAAAGAUUUGAUGUCGAAGUAUGUGAUUCCACACCAGUCACUCGGGCAGAAAUUAUGAAAAAAGUACCGGGGAAAUUUGCAAUAUUUUGUAGUGCACUUAACAAAAUUGAUGAAGAAUUGAUUAAAACUGCGGGCCCCAGUCUAAAGGUUGUUGGAACCAUAUCUGUGGGAUAUGAUCACGUCGACUUGACUGCAAUGAAAAAAUAUGGCGUACGUUUGGGAAACACGCCACAUGUCUUAAGCGAAGCAGUAGCAGAAACAACAGUUGGAUUGCUGAUAGCGACAACGAGACGGUUUUUCGAAGCAAAUCAUGCAUUGAAAACAGGUGGAUGGAAAAAUGUGACUACGGUUGUUUGGAUGAAUUGGAUGUGUGGUAGAGGUAUUAGAAACUCUGUUGUUGGUAUUGUUGGAUGUGGCAACAUUGGGACAUCAAUAGCAAGGAAGCUGAAGACAUUUGACAUUUCUCAAUUGCUGUACACCAGUAGAACUGAAAAACCUGCUGUCAAAGCUCUCGGUGGAAAACUGGUUACAAUCGAUGAGCUGGUCGAACAAAGUGAUUUCAUAAUCCUUUCCAUUGCACUGAAUGAGGACACAAAGUUUAUCAUUAACAGAGAACGCAUUGCCAAGAUGAAGUCACACGCCGUAUUGGUGAACAUUGGUCGUGGAGGACUUAUUGACCAAGAUGCACUCAUCGAAGCAUUACAAGAAAAUAGAAUUGGAGGUGCUGGCCUAGACGUAAUGACACCAGAACCAUUACCACUUGAUAGCCCUUUGAUGAAGAUGGACAAUGUUGUUUUGUUGCCACACAUUGGGAGUGCUUCCAUUGAAACAAGAACAGAAAUGGCUAUUCUCACUGCCAAAAAUAUAAUUGCUGUUUUAGAUAAUGCCGCAAUGCCAAACGAAGUUCAGUAUUAG